AUGGAAAUCGAUCCUGUUAUACUUCAUUUGAUCCUACGACGACGGAAACUUCUUUCGAGGAAGAAGAUGGAACUCAACGCGGUUCUAGAGGUUACACCUCUUUUGCUUUAUGAAGACAUGGAAGCUGACGAGAAUCAACCUGUGCAUGGAGGAUCAAGACCAGGCAAACGGCCCAAUCGACCCUGGGACUUUGAGGGUAGUUAUCAACGACUCUACAACCAGUACUUUUCUGUGAAUCCUCUGUAUGAUGAUGAAAUAUUCCGACGCCGGUUCCGAAUGUCUCGAUCGUUAUUCUUGAAGAUUGCCGAGGCCGUUGAACAACAGGACGACUACUUUCGGCAGAAGCCAGACGCUUGUGGCAGAAUGGGUCUGAGGCCUAUUACGAAGAUUACGGCUGCAUUGCGAAUGCUUGCCUACGGUGUGGUAAGACUGAUCAAACCCAUAGAUUUAGUUUAA